AUGAUGGCCGGACGGCGCGACGGGCCGCUCUGGACGCGCAACCGCCAGAUCUUCUUCAUCUUCGCAGUGGCUGCAGCUGCCGCAUCCGCGGCCCUCCUCGCGCUCGCGCCGCACAGGACGCAAUUGGCCUCGUCCAGUUGGUGGGCUGGGCGCACUGUUGCGCAGACAGACGCCUCCUCCCCGACGGAUCCCCCUCCGCCGCAGACGCCCGCGCCCCCCCCGACGGAUCCCCCUCCGCCGCAGACGCCCGCGCCCCCCACGACGGCGCCCCCCCUCCCCCCCGUCGCGGCGUGCGUCACCGGGCUGCUGCGGGGGUUCAUCUUCCGCGGGUACUACAAGACGCACAAGUACGUCGUCGACGCGCUCGACCCGGACUACUUCUUCGUCAUCGAGGCGGACCCGACCUUCGCGGCCUUCGGGCGCACCUACGACUACCAGCUGGAGGACCUCGAGCACGCCGAACAGUACCUGCGCGUCGUCGACAAAGUCUACCUCGGCCUGUCGCCCGUCGACAAGACCUCGACCGACAACAACGCGCUGGCCCAGCCGUACGCGGUGUACCGCCCCGAGGGGCGGUACGUGGACGUCGGCGACACGCACCACGUGCAGAUCCGCAUCCACUUCAAGACGCGCAUGUGCCUGGAGAUGCUCGAGACGCGCGAGGCCACGGCGCGCGGGGGGUUGCCGUACGAAAUCGUCCUGCGAAUACGCACCGACGCGUGGUUCCACCGGCCCUUCCCGACGCUCGCUCGCAUCCAGGAGGACAUGCGCGUGGCGACAGAGGAGCACCUCGCGCAGGGCGGUGCGGCGCCGGCGGGCGUGGGCAUACUGGGCGCGCGCGGGUACUCAGCCGCCUGGUUCUUCGUGCAGGACGACUUCGGGAUCUACGACCGCGAGGCUGCCCGGGUGCAGUUCACGCAGUACAGGGACAUGGUGAACCGGACGUGGGAGCGCAUGCCCGAGGGCGUGCACAAGUGCCAGGAGAGAGGGAUGGUGACCGAGUGCAUCAUGAUCGUGCGCCUGAUGUCGCACAACAUCCUCAUCCGGCCGCUCGCGCUGUACGGCGACCCGGACAUCGACGCGAACAAGAGGAGCACGGACGAUUCUGUGUGGACGACUGGGUCGACCCCGAUGACUGCAAGGACAAGCUGA